CUGUUUAGCUUGUAUUGGUGGAAAUAUAUAUAUCGUCACCAAGUUCCCGCUCCGCACAUCACAGACAUUGCUCGAGAUUCCUCAAUCGUACCAUCGAAAAUCAGUACUGAAGCAAGUCUGACAUUGAUCCAGUUCCUCAGCCAUGUCCUACAUUCCCUAUAUUGCUCAUUUUGUACUUGCCAUGGUGAAGAUUUGGCUGUAUGGACUCUGUGCCGAGUCCCUGGCCAUGAAUCUGGACCCUCCAGAAGAAGAACUCACUCACUCACUAUCAGCACUACAACACAGUGCACAAAUAAUCAAUCUACUUCUCUCAGAUCGAUUAUCAAGACAUGUUGGAACAUCUAGGGCCAAAUCACAGAGUCACAGUAACUACCCAAGCAAUUCCCUCGCCCCCCCCUUUUCCAAUACACCAACACCAACACCAGCGCCACGUCCCUUCCUUUUGAUUAUAGGAAGGCCCCGCGGCGCGCCUCCUAUCCACCUCCUUGCAUCCGUUUCUCCCACGUGGAGAAAUCCAUAUCUCUGGCGCGUUUGUAUCGCCUCCUUUUGUGUAGAUCCCGCGCCGCUGCAAGGAAGUCACUCUCUGCUACAGAGACCCGUUUCUCCCAUGUGGGAGUGGAGAUAUCGAGAUUGGUACCUGGCCCAGUUGACCGGAGGAAAGAUGGGAGGCUGCCUACCACUUCGACGAGAUCAAAAGUAGGGUUGGGGUCGGGGUCUGGGGUGGGAACGGGGGUGGGGGUGUGGGUGGUCCUUUGGUGUUGUUGUUCUUGCUAGGGUGCGACAUCGGCA